AUGUCAAGUCCCGUCUUUCAGCGAUAUACUGGUUUGCCGAGUGUCGGCGAUGGGGAAGUCGAGGAAAUCCUUACGGCAAAAGCUUGCUUUGUGAUGAUGAAUGGGAGCAAUGGGUUUUCCUUUACUGCCCCAUUAUCGCUACUAUCACGCUUGUCUGCCCCCGUCGAUGCACUGGUUCACAGUGCAGUUGAAGGUGCCCACGCCUGUGUGAAUCUUGAAGUUUCCGAUAAAGACACAUUUUAUCGGUUCUUUCAAUUUGUGUACAUGGGCAGUUAUGACGAAUUGACCUCACCUGAGAACGCGCACCUUGCCGACGACACUAAAAAUGGUUUGCCUGUUCUCGCAAAGAUAUCUGCCGAAAGGUCAGACGUCGUGGAAACCCGGCCUGUCUUGUUUGGAGCCUCCAGCACAUCCGCCGUUCCCGGAACCUCAGCCCAGUCUCCUUUUGGCGGAACCCCUAGCGGAGGAGCUCUGUUUGGAUGCUCAACCCAGUCCGUCCCUAGCGGAGACGCUUCUUUUGGAUUUGGCGGCUCAACCCGGCCUGUCUUCGGCGGAGGCGGUCUGUUUGGACGCCCUCAAACCGGCUUCAAGCUGCCUUACUCUAUCGUUUCCUGCCGGGAUGCACUGCGCAAGGUCACACCUCCCUUAAUUCCGACCAGAGGGGAAUGUGAGGAGCUGAGUCACAAUAAUGUUGAUUAUCGUCUGUCAUUUAAGUCACAUGCUAUUUCCGCAUUCCUGCGAAGCCAUGACCCUAUGUAUUCAUGGCAGACUGCUGCGGGCAAUGAGCGAGACUCUUUCGGAAAUGUAUUCGUUGGUCACGCAAAAGUCUGGAAAUUUGCAGAGAAAUAUGCCAUAGCUGCUCUGAUGGACUUUUCUACCUCUGAACUCAUCCGCGAGCUGGCAUGCUGGAUGAUUAAAGACUCAGCGUUUGUUACAGAUUUUGGACAGUUAGUUCGCCACUCCUACCAUGACUGCAGCGCGGGAGGCAUUGCCCAGUUUGCCGCAUGCAUAUUCGAGGAUGCGAAGGACCUAGACAGCUGGCAAGAGCUGCUGAAGGAAGUUCCGGCCUUUCAUUCUGAUUUAGGUCAUGCACUUGCUGAGGUAUACUCUACGUGGCAACCUAUUAUAUUUAGGGAAUGA